GUGAGGUGGGGACCGAUCUUUCCUACUGUGUCUGCAGUGAGAGGACUAGAGGAAAUGGCCUUAAACUGAGACAGGGGAAAUUCAGAUUAGAUAUUAGAACAUUUCUUUUCACUGUUAUGGUGGUCAGGCAUAGGAAUAGGUUGCCCGGGGAGACAGUGGAGCUACCAUCCCUGGAGGUAUUUAAGAGGUGUCUGGAUCUGCCAAUGGGUGAUAUGAUUUAGUCGUGUAGUGGUUAGUUACAGUGGCAGUGCUGGGUUGAUGGUUGGACUGAAUGAUCUUAAAGGUCUCUUCCAACCUUGACGAUUCCCCGAUCCUCACAACCCCGCCCCUCUCCCUCCACACACACGCGCGCGCGCGCUGGCAGUGGCGGGCAACGGGUGCUUCUUUCUCACACAACCGAAGGCCAUGGGUAAGAAACGGAGAUGUCUUCAUUCCCCCUCGACAAGAAGGAAGAUGUAACAACCGGGAAAUUUCGAACUACUUCAGUUCCAUGGGACUUCCCUCCGGCUCUGCCCAGCGCCGCCUCAGCGCGGGAGGCGGAGCCCGAGCGGACCCGGCGCUGGGGCGGGGCGGGGCGGGGCGGGGCGGGCGGGAGGCGGCCGCUCCUGCUGCAAGAUGGCGGCGCAGAGGAGGAGUCUGCUGCAGAGUGAACAGCAGCCCAGUUGGACAGAUGACUUGCCAUCCUGCCAUCUCUCCGGGGUGGGCUCCGCUCCGAACCGUUCGUACAGUGCAGAUGGCAAGGGCACAGAGGGUCACCCCUUGGAGGAUAACUGGCUAAAAUUCAGGAGUGAGAACAACUGCUACCUCUAUGGUGUCUUCAAUGGCUAUGAUGGCAACCGAGUCACCAACUUUGUGGGUCAGAGGCUCUCUGCAGAACUGCUGCUGGGCCAGCUACACGCAGAUCACAGCGAUGCUGACGUGCGUCGAGUUCUGCUGCAGGCUUUUGAUGUGGUGGAAAGAAGUUUCCUGGAGUCCAUUGACGAUGCCUUGGCAGAGAAAGCCAGCCUGCAGUCCCAGCUACCAGAGGGUGUCCCUCACCACCAGCUCCCUUCUCAGUACCAGAAGAUUGUGGAGAGAUUGAAGGUUGUAGAGCAGGAGAUCUCUGGAGGAGCCAUGGCUAUUGUGGCUGUCGUUCUCAACAACAAGCUCUACAUUGCCAAUGUGGGUACCAAUCGGGCACUGCUGUGCAAGUCCACGGUGGAUGGGCUGCAAGUGACUCAGCUCAACGUGGACCAUACGACAGAGAAUGAGGAUGAACUUUUUCGCUUCUCUCAGCUGGGCUUGGAUGCAGGGAAAAUAAAACAAGUGGGAACUAUUCGUGGGCAGGAAAGCACUCGACGCAUUGGAGAUUACAAAGUCAAAUACGGCUAUACUGACAUUGAACUGCUCAGUGCUGCUAAAUCUAAGCCCAUCAUAGCAGAGCCUGAAAUCCACGGAGGGCACUCGCUGGAUGGGGUGACUGGCUUCUUGGUGCUCAUGUCUGAAGGGCUCUACAAAGCGCUGGAGGCAGCUCAUGGGCCAGGGCAGGCCAACCAGGAAAUUGCAGCCAUGAUAGCCACAGAGUUUGCCAAGCAGACGUCUCUGGAUGCUGUGGCACAAGCAGUAGUGGACCGGGUUAAGCGGAUCCACUGUGACACUUUUGCCAGUGGUGGGGAGCGGUCCAAGUUCUGUCCCCGUCAUGAAGACAUGACGCUGCUUGUGAGGAAUUUUGGGUACCCCCUGGGUGAGAUGAGCCAGCCCACACUGACACCAACGCAAGGAGGCCGUGUCUACCCAGUCUCUGUGCCAUAUUCCAGCUCCCAAAGCACAAGCAAGACAAGUGUCACGCUGUCUCUUGUAAUGCCUUCCCAAGGCCAGAUGGUCAAUGGUGCCCACAGCAGCUCAACUCUGGAUGAAGCCACCCCUACCCUCACUAACCAAAGCCCAACUGUGACGCUCCAGUCAACUAAUACUCACACACAGAGCAGCAGCUCAAGUUCAGAUGGAGGUCUGUUCCGCUCCCGGCCUGCCCACUCACUCCAGCCAGAUGAGGAUGGGCGUGUGGAGCCCUACGUGGAUUUUGCAGAGUUUUACCGGCUUUGGAACAUGGACCAUGGCGAGCAGGGAGCACUGACUGUGUCCUAACAUGGUGAUCUGCCUCCUGCAGACACCUGAAGCUCGGCUGCGAGAGCAAAGACUGAGGCAAAGAGUGAGUGCUCCACUGAGGGCUGUGUUCUGCCCAGAGCUAACUCCUACACAGGAUGUGCUGGACACUGGGCCGAGGAGCUUGUGCACUACACACGUGUUGCCUGUGCCAUGCUCCCAAUCCUGACCAGCCUCAUUCCCUUGGAAGCCCUGAGAACAGGGGAAGGGGUCUUGAAUGCAACCCUCGCUGCAGGUUUUUGCAAAUAAAGAUGCAGAGAGGGCUCCUUCUGGAUAGUGCAAGAGGCGAGGCCUGUACAAAGGCUGUGUGUGUGUGUGUGUGUAGGUGUACACGUGUGCCUGCGUGUGUGUUGUCAUAAAGUUUCCACAACUCAAUUCAUAAUGCUGUGAUUCCAGUGUUCAACUCCAUAGAAGAUACCUCUAUUUUGCAGAAUAAAUAACUUAUAGCUACAGUCAUUGGCA